AGAGCCACUCGGGCUGUUGCAGUUCCCGGGGCUGGCGCUGGAGAAACAUGACCUUCAGCAGCUUGUCUCCUAAAGCAUCCCGAGCUGAUCUGCGCUAGGGCCCGCUCUUGCUGCAGACACACUCGGGCAGGGUGGCUGCUUACCCUCGGUCCAUGUGAGAUGCUAGAUGUCACCUGCAGAAGACGAGAGGAGCUUACCUCUUCCAGAGAGAUGGCCCCGAGCCAGCAAAUUCGCUCUGUCAGCCUGUGCAGCGGCUGUGGCAGAACUAGUGACAUUUCCCCUGGAUCUCACGAAAACCCGGCUGCAGGUGCAGGGUGAAGCUGCCGUGCGGCGCGAUGGAGCCGCGGCCGGGCCGGCGGUGCCGUACCGCGGGAUGCUGCGCACGGCGGCUGCAAUCGCGCAGGAGGAGGGGGUACGGAACCUCUGGCAAGGAGCCACGCCGGCCGUCUACCGCCACAUAGUAUACACUGGUGUUCGGAUGGUUACUUAUGAACAUCUCCGUGACUCUGUGCUUGGCAGGGCAGAGGGUGAAAGCUUUCCUCUCUGGAAAGCUGUGGUUGGAGGCAUGUCUGCGGGUGCCAUUGGACAGUUUUUUGCCAGCCCAACUGAUCUGGUGAAGGUGCAGAUGCAGAUGGAGGGAAAAAGGAAGUUGGAAGGAAAGCCACUACGGUUCCGGGGUGUGCACCACGCAUUUCUGAAGAUCCUGUCUGAAGGAGGAGUAAGGGGACUUUGGGCUGGAUGGGUACCAAAUGUCCAGAGAGCUGCUCUGGUGAAUAUGGGAGAUCUGACCACUUAUGACUCAGUGAAACACUUUUUGCUUCUGAACACGACACUUGUGGACAAUAGUGUGACUCACAGUGUUAGCAGUGCCUGCUCUGGGCUGGUAGCAGCUGUUCUGGGAACUCCUGCUGAUGUGGUCAAGACCCGGAUAAUGAACCAGCCAAGAGAUAAACAGGGAAGAGGUCUGCUCUAUAAAUCUUCCAUGGACUGCUUGAUUCAAACUGUCCGGGGUGAAGGGUUUAUGUCUCUGUACAAAGGCUUUAUACCAACCUGGAUGCGAAUGGCACCUUGGUCACUGGUAUUCUGGCUUGCAUAUGAACAAAUCAGAAGGUUGUGUGGAGUUACUUCUUUUUAAAACCUUCAAUAUUCGCAGAGAAGAGUAAAAAAGCUGAAUUCUCAUUCCACAGGGUAAUAAGAUCAAAUGUAUAGCUUUUUGCUCCAAAACCAGCGCUUACUGGUUGGGAACAGCCACGACUUAAGGAUACUGUUUGAUUGUCAGACUGCUACAUGAAAUUUAUAUUAUCCACAGGAUAAAAUUGUUACAACAACACUUCAGCUAGCAGCCAGCAUCAGCUUUCUGAACCAGCAAACAGGAAUAAAAAAAAUUCUACCAA